AUGAAAGGUUUUGGUUUUGCCUUUGGUCUGUUCUCCGUGGUGGGUUUCCUCCUUUGGACUCCUUUGACGGGGCUCGAGACUCUCCAUUUGGGACGCUGUGUGAUCGCUGUAAACCUCCAGGCAAUACAGAAGGAAUUUUCUGAGAUCCGGGAUAGUGUGCAAGCCGAAGAUGAAAACACAGACAUCAGAAUCUUAAGGACGACUGAGUCUUUGCAAGACGUAAAACCUCCGGAUAGGUGUUGUUUCCUCCGCCACUUAGUGAGAUUCUAUCUGGACAGGGUAUUCAAAUUCUACCGGACCCCUGACUAUCAUAUCCUCCGAAAGACCAGCAGCCUUGCCAAUUCUUUUCUUAUCAUCAAGAAGGACCUCUCUGUCUGUCAUUCCCGUAUGGCAUGUCAUUGUGGCGAGGAAGCGAUGGAGAAAUACAACCACGUUCUGAAUCACUUCACAGAGCUUGAGCUUCGGGCAGCAGUAGUAAAGGCGUUGGGGGAAGUAGGCAUUCUUCUGAGAUGGAUGGAGGAGAUGAUAUAG